GAACGCGGAGCCGUCCUUGGUGGAUAUAGCUUCGGAGUUGGGCCUACCUUGCGAGCAUAUGCAUCGGAACAGGCUGGUGGAUAGCAUCGUUCUGUCGCUCUGUCCGCUGCGAGCGCCCGGGGCGGAAGAUGAUGUGAGGUAUCACUUUUGGCGCUGGCUCGCAGAUUGCCGGACCGUUCCUGCAGCAGACCUCGUAGCAAAGGCAUCUGUCAGUUUUCCUGCGACACAGCUACGGCGAUCCAUGCUUAGUGUUUGCGAAGAUGUUCCGUUGGAAAGUAUUGAGAGGAGGCAUGGAAGCGCGGCUGCGGAGCUGGAGCAAUUGAGCCAGGCCACCGUUGCAGUCUUGCAACACCUUUCUGCUUUGAAUGUUCAGUUUCCAGCUGAAGUGCCAGAGACUUGGACCACUGCGAUGGAACAACUGCAAAGCAUCAGAUGGCCAGACCGUUUGUCUGGAUUGCAGUGCAGUAGUUUGCUGGCUGUGUUGUUGGAGAAUCGGCCGCUACAGCGCAGAGGUUGGUGGCAGUUGGUGGAUUGCUGGGAUCGCGCAGAUCCAGUGGAUGUAGCAGAGCGACUGUGGAGCCUGGCCACAUGUCAUCAAGCUGGACCAGCAGUGGAGCCAGACAGUGGCUUCCAGGAUCGAGAAGAUGUUUUGGAGGUGGGUCGGCAGAAAGCGUGGGACUUUUGCAAGGUUUAUGUGGACGUUUGGUUCGGAGAAACAGCGGUCUUGGGCGCACUGAAGCACAAGCACAAGAGUCGUGGAUAUGACGAGGCAGACAAACUCUUGUUGCGCACUUUGAUGCGGCGCUAUGGCUGGGAAAGACAUCUGGACGAGAGCGCAGCGUGCACGUGGAUGGAAACCUUUGAAGCAGUCAAGAAGGCAGAGGAUUGGUCUCGUUUUGCUUGGUUUCUGGUCGCGCACUUGUUGCACCCUGCUUGUCGUGAGAGUUUGCGUGCGUGGCACAAUCCGGUGACCGUUUUGGAGUCGAGAUUAGACCGCAGUGGUAUUGCCCAGGAGGUGGUUACUUUGCACGAUGACUUGUUGGCCUGGCAAGAUCUCCACGGGUGUUCUUCGUUGCCCGAGAAGAAGCAGCAUGCAGACUUGGCGAAGAGGGUGGGCAAGUAUUUCAACAGCAGGGAGGCGCGUGUGAGGACCCUCCAGAAAGCUUAUCCUCCAGACUUUGCGCCGCUGCCGGGUUACAGAGUUGAGUGUUUGUCCUUGGAAGGCGAUUCCCUGCGUGGUGUACUCUGGCGGUCUGCAGCUGAACGUGCUCUGAUGUUUUCGAUCCCUGGAUGGAGAGAAGAGGGCAAGGGCAAGGAGGAGUUUCAUCCUUUGCAGGAUUUCUGUAAGCAUUGGUUGCCAGAAGCAGACGAGAUGGAGCGUCUUGAUUUGUUGACCAACACACAGCGCCCUGUCACGUGGAAGCUCGAGCAAGUCGCGAGACGAUUGGACUGUUCACCCACGUUUUCUGGUGCGCAAGAAGCCUUAGCCAAGCGCUUACUGCGAUCUUUCCCUGAGGAUGCAGGUGACUGCCUACAGAAAUUCUGCUGUAGAUUGUGUCCAACCGACUGCGCAGAUGCAAAGUCCUUCAAAGAGCACGUCGCACAGGAGCACGCUGGCGUCGGGCUGCAAGAUACUCCCCGGAUGCUGAUUGAGUAUCGCAAGAAGAUUCUCGAGGGCCGAAUGGAAGCUGCCUGUGUGGUGUGUGCUCGACGUUUUUGGGCGCAUGAGUUGAACAAGGUGCUACUCUUCACCGAUCCUGCCCAAGCAGAAGGGCUACCACAGCUCCCGGAUGGAGUGGAUGCAGCAGUCCGUCCAUCCCAGCAGCAUCGACUGUGCCGCCUGCUGGGAGUUCCACGCUAUGCUGAGCGCUGGCCGCACAUUGCUUUGGAGGAGUUGCAGAAGUCUGCCGUUGAACAUCCUUUCCUCCCAGGUGAAUAUGUGCUCUUGCACCGGCGGCGCAUGCCGGAAGACGCACGACAGCCGUCCCCCUGUGGCUUGGCAGAGCCUUGCCAGAGCUUCGUCACCGUCCUGCAGCCGGUGGUGCUUCCCCACGCCGAACGGCAGAAGGGCUUCAUCGGGAACACCAUCUUUUUGCCGCAAGCUAGUCCUUCCUCAGUCGAAGCAGUGUUGCCACCCCGCGCAGAGGACAUGGCCGAGCACAUCUUGUUCGUCUUGGUGGGCCACAACAGAGGCGACCUGCGAUCGUCGGCCACGAUGCAGGCACCUCGAGAGGAAUACGUUGCCGCUGUCGAGCGCCUCCGACAAACUUCCAAGUACUACGCGGAGGCAGCGGUCGAUCUCAGUCGAUGGUCUGGCCAGGAGGAGACUAUGUUUGAAGGCUGUGUCCUUGAGACGGACGCAGACAGCUAUUUGGCGAGAGAGCUCUUACAACGGGGACCGGCGGACGCUCAAGGCCAAGAGAGCAGCCAGCAGGAGGAGGACGACGCUGGCAUGGCGGAGGACACUGCGGAGUCCGGCGAGCGAGCACACGAAGACUCAGGACAGUUGCGUUUGGUCUGUGGGUUGGUAGGUCAUCUGAUUUCCAGCAUAGUCGGCCUGAAUGACACCUCGGACGAUGAGAAUCGUUGGUUGCGGGUUUGCCGAGAUGUGGAGGAUCUGUGUCGUCGAAAGCCUCGACAGUAUGACACUGAUGCAGAGCUGGUCGCGCGCAAUCGGGCCAACAAUGACCUGGGUGUGGGUGCUGCGCAGAUGGAAGGAGCAAAUCUACUGGGUCGAGAAGGCGCGCACGAACGUGGAGUCCUUCGUCGCAUCCGCCAGGUCCAGACUGUGGCCGCGCAUGGGGUGGAGACAGAGCGACAAGCGCAAGGGCAAAUGUUUGAGGUCAGGCCACAGAAGUUGGCGGUGCCUUCUCGAGAUACCCCUCUGAGCAUGUUUGAGCCAGGGACCUGGGCAAUGGCUUUUCCUACGUUGUUCCCUUGGGGUGACGGGGUGCCUUUCUUGAAGAGGGAGACGAGCAUGGAAGCUUCUGAAGUGUUUCGUUAUUUGCUCCUACGCGAAGAGCUCCAGUACAGCGGUGAGGGAGGUGUUGAAGAUGAAGUCCCUGCACUACCUCGAUGGAGUUUGUCGGAGCAGUUGCUCCCGACGAUGUAUGAUGUCCAACGUCGUUUGACGUUGAUGCGGACCUCCAAGGCCUAUGUCAAGAGGAGUGGCUUCGGCCGCCACUGCUCGGUCAUAGCCUCCGUGACCUCCGAGCACCUCCUGAAGGCCAUGGCGCUGCACGGGGAGAAAGCGGACAUCCGCGAGUUGCUCCGCUCCCCGGACGUGGACGUGCCGCUCAAGCGCGCACUGGGUAGCGUCCUACAGGCCAGUUCCAACGUUUUGGGCACAGAAGGUCACCGAUCUCAGAUCCGUCUGCGAGGCCACGCAGCUGGGUGGCAUUACGGCCCAAGUCGCAUUUUUGUGACACCGAACUUGGCGGACUCGCGAGCUUCUCUGCUCUUGCAAUUGCAUCUGCAGGGGGGCUCGCGAGUCGAGGCCUAUGAGGUCGACCUGGCCUGGGACCUCGAGGCACCAGCACUGCCCUCGCUGAGCGCAAUGCGUCGCAUUCUAGCUGCCGACCCAAUCUCUCAAGCAAGGUUUUUUGACGUGAUGAUGACCUUGUUCUUUGAGGAGAUAUUGGGCACGUUGCCGCCGCUUACCCGCGCCAGCUUCCGAGGCGGUCUUGCCAGGGACUUCGAAGAUGGUUUUGCUGCUUCCACUCAUGCUGGUUGCUUUGGAGAUGUGGCAGCCUUUUGUGGCCCUCUUGAGACGCAAGGACGCGGUUCCAUGCACCCACAUAUUCUGGUUGUGCUUUUGGGGCACGACCUGGGCAAUCGCCUUCGCUCUGUGUUGGCCACCGCAGCGCGUGGGGAACUGGUCAUUGAGUUGGAACGCUGGAGUCGCGCCGUCCUACAAGCAGCCAGCCGUAUUCGCUACGACAGCCAGCAAGCUCUCAGUCAGCAGUUAGAACAAGAAGUGUGUCCACUACCGCUGAGCGAAAAUCAGCGCGCUGCAUGUGGAAGGCAAUACAGCGACGUGCCACUGAGGUCAACGGAGCCAGACGGCCACGAAGCGGCGACGGAGUCCAGUACACCUCUCCGACUGACCGGAUGCUUCGCUUCACUACGUCCGCAUUAUGUCAGGAGGAGCAAGGCCGCUGCUUUCAACGCGGCCAGUUGGUCGGGCGCCCUCUGUCGCGACUAUCGUCGCCUCGUCAUACAGAAUCACUUCCACAAGUGCACGAAGUCUUGUUUCAAGAAGAACGCUGCGAAAGGCAAGCGGGGAUGUCGAUUUGGCUGCUUCCACGUCGAACUACACAAAGAAACUGAAGACUCUGGACUGGAGAAGGUGCGCGCGCGUUGUUUGAAGGGAUGGCCUCGAGUUCAGCGUGCGCAGUUUAUGAUUCUACCACGUGAAAAUGUUCCAUUGGAGGAAGAGGAGGCCAUGAAGAAUGAGAACCCCCAUGUCUUUCAACCUCAACGGGACCAUCCCUUCGAAGGCAUGUCGAAUCCCAUAGCUCAAGUCAGCAUGCGGUGCAACGUCGACGUGAAAUACUUGGGACGUGGUUUUUGCGAUGCCGAUUUGCAGAAACUGGCUGCCGAUGAAGAGGAUGGAGACGGACAGGGCGGAGACGCACAGCCACCAGACGGGGAGCGCAAAAAAAAGGACAAGAGCUUGGACGCGCGGUUGCACAGAGUUGUUGUGGAUAUGUUUCGGGACAUGCAGGAUGUGCAAUUUUAUACUGGGGAGUACGCGAGCAAGAAGUUCGAAGUGUCUCGAUCUCUGCUACCGGAACUCUUUGCCGGCGUUCAGCGUCUUGAAGCUGAAGAGGCGGCACCGGUGCCCGAGGCUGCGCCGUUGCCUGCAGAAGUGGCCAGGUUGCGUGCUUUGAGUUUAUUGCGACGUCUUGCUUUUGGCAUGCAGAGAUGUGUUGCGAAGUCCAAUGGGGAGAUGGCCUACCAACUUUUGUUUCAGCAGGAGCAACUGGUCAGCUACAGUGGCUACAACAUGUUCUUUCGGUUUGUGCCCUAUGCCAUGUUUCGUUGUCGCGCAGUGGCCUUGGACGCAGCCGCCGCCAGCGCGCCUCAUUUGAAAGUUCUGCCCCUGGAGCCUGUGGAGGCUGAAGAGACUGACGCAAUCCCUGUGCAAGAGGUUGCUGAGGUAUUCGACGAGGAAGAUUUGACGGAAAGUCGGAUCCCGACAGGUGGCACGAGGGUUGUGUCGCACAAUCAGAAGGAUGAUUACUUGCAUCGUGGUGCUUCAGAGUUGCGAACAGCAGACGACAAUGUUGUGGUGCCUGUGGGUUUGCGCCUUCCGGGGCAGAAUGAACCUGAGAAAUACGCUGCGUUUAUGCUGGGUUUGUCGUUGCCCUUUCCACGUUGCCCGGGCGCACAGCAUUGUGGAGAAGCUUGGCAAUGUUUUCAUUGUCAUGAGAUUGAAAAGUUGGAAGGGAAAGGUUUCCUGCGAGCCUGUUUCUCCAAGACCUGGAAACAAUGGAAAGCUUGCACGCAGGUGCGCAAGGUGAAUGCGCAGGAACGACUCUUGGCUGGCUUGAGUUUACCUUUUCUGCGUGACGUGGUGGGCUUACGCGAGUGGUACCCUGAGAUCUCCGAAGAGAUGCCUGCGCAGGAGCCCGCAGGAGAAGAUGCAGAGGACCAGGGAAUUCUGUUUCCGAGCGCCUCCACACCUUCGCCUCUGUCGAGUACCUAUCAUUUGAUGUGGUGUCUCGGGAAGGUUUUCAAGGGCAAGCAUGGUCGCUACGUGGACCUACCUCGGAUACACGAAAGGAUUUGUUGGUCUUUGGGAAUCCCUUGUGGUUUUCACUACACACAGUUGACUCCGCUGGAGCACAUGUCUCAUGCGCAGCUGCAGUGGUUGGAGAGGUUCCGCCUGCACCACGAAGCACGACAGCUCAGCAGCAGCCAGAGGAGAGCCGAGCGCUUUGCUUACAUGACCAAGGAAGAGGAGGGCGAAGACGACGAUGUCGGUCCCGUGGACAUAGAAGGAUCUGAUGUGGAGAACGAUCUCGAGCACGAAGAUGCGAUAGAGCGCAUGGAUUGCGCCGAACAUCCUGUGAGCCGAGAAGCUUUGAAAGAAGUACUCUUUCGUGAGAAAGACUGGAAGCGUUGCCUGGCGGGACGCGACAACCGCACGAAGUUUGCUCUGAGCAGAUUGAAGCAAGUGGUUGAGGCCAUGGGUGGCUUGCCCAAUGUGACUGUCAACGUUGAAGGCGAGCGUCCUCUGGAUGGUGCUCUUCGUCGCGCAUGGGCCUAUGCUGAAGCACAAGACAUGUUUGACCGGCAAUCCCAGUACCUGGAGAAUCUGUCUGGAGGUGUUCCAGAUGAUGCUGAGGAGGAGUUUGUCCCGAGUGGCCUGGAAGCGAUGACUGCGACGGAUCCGUUCUUGAUGGAUCUGAACGCGCAGAAUCUGCGACCGAGGGACUAUGCCUUGAAGCUGGUGGAGGACCAAUGCUGGUGGAAAAUCAUGGGGUGGAUCGAACGACUGGUGUCCUUAAUCGCAAGUGUUCCGAACACGCGACAGGAGUGCACACUCAACGCACAGCAGAUUCGCGCUGUGGCUCCCAUUGUUUGCAUGAUCGAUGAAAUGUGGGAGAAGCGCACCGAAGCAAGCACCUGCUUCGCCAAUGGCCAGCCCAGUGAGCGGUGCAACUGUCUAUGGCUUGGCGCGGGGGGCUCGGGCAAAACGUGGGCGUACACCAAAGUCUUGCGACCUUUGUUCCAGCGCUUCUUUGGCUUUGGUCGCUACACUGCCGGGGCACCGACCCACGCGGCCGCGCGGUUGUUGGGGGCAGAAGCUAGAACUCUGCACAAACUGGCGAACAUUUCCCCCAACUCCGCACUACACCGCGGCGCCAUCCGAGGGCAGCGGAACAAAAAUGAUGCCCUGGAGCAACAGAUUCUGGCGUCAUUGGCCUGCAUCGUCGAUGAGCUGUCGAUGAGCGCAGCGGAUGUAUAUCAUGCUCUUGGCCUGCGCUUCUCGGUGAAGCGCUGUGAGAACUGGGCGCUGGACCUGAGCCGCUAUCUGCAGGAGUGGUUCGGCAAGAUGCCGAUAGGGCUACAAUUGGGCGACUUCCUACAGUUGCGCCCUGCCGCCCAAGCGAGCCUCUGCGAAUGGGUGGAAGUUCCGUCAGCGGUAGAACCAGCGCCGCUGACGGAACUUCAAGAAGCCGAAGCCCCAGAGCAGGCCAGCAACGCAGCCGAGCUGGGGCGGCUCUUGUUCAAGAACUCCAUGGGCAUUGUGGUGCGCUUCACUGGAACUGGGCGUUUCUCUUCUUGUGCUUCCGGCCAAGCUUUGGUGGCCAUUUUGCAGCACACGCGGCAAGGCACCGCCAUGACGGACGCACUCUGGGCGCAACUCCAGAGUCGCGUCUACGAGGUCCAGCAACUGCAAGACCUCCAGGCCGCACCUUCGCGCCGGGCGUUCUUGCGGGCCUACUGGGGUGCACUUGCCUGGGAGCAGGUUGCUCGGUUGCAACAGUUGCGAGCAGUGCUCGAGGCGGAAGACGCUGGAGAACGGCUGUACUUCGUGCAAGCCAUCGACAAGCCCACCGGCGACGCCACGCUGUCUUCCGCCCAGGUCAGCGCAGCUCUGCAGUGUUUGAACAUGACCAAGACUGGCUAUUUGAUUGGCAUGUGUCCGUUGUUUCUUGGGAUGGAAGUGCGCAUUUCGUGCAUCUUGCCGGAGCCCUUGCUGACGCGCGAGCUCCCGUGCAUAGUGCGACGCAUAGAACUACAUCCCAAAGAACCUCCGACGCCACCUGGAGCAGCUUGCGUGGUCCUGCAGUACCAGCCGCUUGGAGUCUUGGUGGAGGUCGCAGACAGUGAUUAUGGUCAGUUUCAGGUCCCUGGCGACGACGUACCCAAGGGUCAUUUCUACGUGAGGCCUGUGUUCAACAAGCAAUCGGCCUGGGUCUUUGAGGUUGCGCCCAAGCAGAAACUUCGACUUGUUCGGAAACAGGCUUGGGACGCACUAACUUGUUUUGGGCUCUCUGGUAUACAUCGUAUCGUCGUCGUGUCGGUCUGUCUUUCUCGUUUAGUUUCCUUUAUGCGCAGGUACCCUUGGCCCCACAGCGAGUGCUGA